AAUGUUAAUCAUCAUCACCAUCAUCAUAUAACAAACCAACUGGUCAUUUGGUGUGGAAGCUGUACGGAAAAUGGAGGACGACGGGAAGCAACAGCUAAUCGUACAUUCCGAUAUUGAAGAUCAACCGCCGGAGAUCGUGCCGUCGUACCAAGGUCUGUUAUCGAGUCACUCAUUUUUCUCAUCCUUUGUCGUCGGAGAAGACGAUAUUCCGCCGAUAACCGGCGUCGGAGGAUUCCUCUCAGCCUUUAGGGAAGAAUCGAGCAAGCUCUGGUAUCUGGCAGGACCGGCGAUUCUCACGUCGAUUUUUCAGUAUUCUCUCGGCGCCAUCACUCAAACCUUCGCCGGACACGUCGGUACCAUAGAGCUCGCCGCCUUCUCCGUCGAGAACUCCGUCAUCGCCGGAUUGUGCUUCGGAGUAAUGAUGGGGAUGGGAAGCGCACUGGAAACUCUGUGCGGUCAGGCGUACGGCGCCGGCCAGAAGGAAAUGCUCGGCGUCUAUAUGCAGAGGUCGUGGGUGAUUCUCCUCUGCACGAGCUUCUUCCUGAUGUUCAUGUACAUCUUCGCCGAGCCGGCGCUGCUCCUCCUCGGACAGACGGCGGAGAUCUCACGCGCCGCGGGGAGAGUAGCGGUGUGGAUGAUUCCUCAGCUCUACGCCUACGCGCUCAAUUUCCCCAUCGCCAAAUUCCUGCAAGCGCAGAGCGACAUCCUCGCAAUGACGUGGAUCUCCGGCGUGGUGCUCGUCCUCCACGUGCUGCUCACGUGGCUCCUGAUGCUGAAGCUCGGCUACGGUCUCGGCGGCGGUGCCGUCGUCCUCAACGCUUCGUGGUGGCUUCUGGUUAUCGGACAGCUUGUCUACAUCUUCAGCGGCGCGUGCGGCCAAGCCUGGUCAGGAUUUUCAUGGCUGGCGUUCCAAAACCUCUGGUCAUUCGUCAGAUUAUCGGUGGCGUCGGCGGUGAUGCUCUGCUUAGAGAUUUGGUACUUCACGGCGCUGAUCCUGUUCGCUGGAUUCCUCAAAGACGCAGAGGUUGCCGUCGAUGCUCUGUCAAUCUGCGUGAACAUAUUGGGUUGGACUUCAAUGGUUGCACUGGGAUUUAACGCAGCAAUAAGCGUAAGAGUUUCGAACGAAUUAGGAGCAGCGCAUCCGAGAAGCGCGAAAUUCUCGGUGACAGUGGUUGUGGUAUCAUCGACCUUGAUAGCUCUCGUGAUUUCGGUGAUCAUUCUCGUCUUCCAGAAACAGUAUCCUUCGAUGUUUACGGAGAGCUCGGCCGUGAAAGACGUGGUGUACAGCCUAACGCCGUUGCUGGCCUUCUGCAUUGUGCUUAACAACGUCCAGCCUUCCCUGUCAGGUGUGGCAAUUGGAGCUGGAUGGCAAGCUUUGGUUGCAUAUGUGAAUAUAGGUUGCUACUAUAUUCUUGGUAUACCUUUGGGCAUUUUGAUGGGAUUUCUACUUAAAUUGGGUGUACAAGGCAUAUGGUGUGGAAUGGUGCUGGGAACUGUGGUUCAGACUCUGAUCCUCUUCUGGAUUGUUUACAAGACUAAUUGGGACAAAGAGGCUCGUGUAGCAACAAAGAGGAUCAAACAAUGGGGAGGAGAGGUAGAGCCCAUUAAAGAGCAUGCGUUGAUAUAGAGACAAGUGAUGGUUUGUAUUUUUGUUAUCCCUACAUGCAAUGCACAAUGUUAUUUAUCUCUCUAUAUAUAAUUUAAAUUGUCGCAGUUAUUGUGCUGAAUUUUUUAAUUAGGACGAUGUCUUAUAUAACAGUAAAUAACACAC